GGCUGCCUGAGCCCUGACCCAUCUCCCUCCCCAGUGGUGUGCCCUCUGCCCUGCAUGAAUGGCGGCCAGUGCUCCUCCCGAAACCAGUGCCUGUGCCCUCCGGACUUCACGGGUCGCUUCUGCCAGGUGCCUGCCGGAGGAGCUGGCGGAGGCAGGGGGGGCUCAGGCCCUGGGCUGGGCAGGGCCGGACCACCCACCCAGAAGCCCCUGGGCCGCUGCUUCCAGGACACGCUGCCCAAGCAGCCCUGCGGCAGCAAUCCCCUCCCAGGCCUCACCAAGCAGGAGGACUGCUGCGGGAGCAUCGGUACCGCCUGGGGCCAGAGCAAGUGCCACAAGUGCCCCCAGCUGCAGUACACAGGGGUGCAGAAGCCAGGGCCUGUGCGUGGGGAAGUGGGCGCUGACUGCCCCCAGGGCUACAAGAGACUCAACAGCACCCACUGCCAGGACAUCAAUGAGUGUGCAAUGCCGGGCAUGUGUCGCCACGGGGACUGCCUCAACAACCCGGGCUCCUAUCGCUGCGUCUGCCCACCGGGCCACAGCUUGGGCCCCUCCCGCACACAGUGCAUUGCAGACAAGCCAGAGGAGAAGAGCCUGUGUUUCCGCCUGGUGAGCCCCGAGCACCAGUGCCAGCACCCGCUGACCACGCGCCUCACCCGCCAGCUCUGCUGCUGCAGCGUCGGCAAGGCCUGGGGUGCGAGGUGCCAGCGCUGCCCCGCUGAUGGCACCGCCGCCUUCAAGGAGAUCUGUCCAGCUGGAAAGGGCUACCACAUCCUCACUUCCCACCAGACACUCACCAUUCAGGGCGAAAGUGACUUUUCCCUUUUCCUGCACCCCGACGGGCCACCCAAGCCCCAGCAGCUGCCUGAGAGCCCCAGCCGGGGGCCCCCACCUGAGAACACGGAGGAAGAGAGAGGGGUGAGCACAGACUCACCAGGGGUCGAGGAGCAGUCAGCACAGCAGAGCCACCCGACCGCCACCACCUCUCCUGCCAGGCCCUACCCUGAGCUCAUCUCCCGGCCCUCGCCCUCCACCGUGCGCUGGUUCCUGCCGGACUUGCCCCCGUUAGAGAUCGCCCCUACUCAGGUCACAGAGACCGAGGACUGCCGGCUGAACCAGAACAUCUGCGGCCACGGGGAGUGCGUCCAGGGCUCCUCCGGCUACUCCUGCCAUUGCAACCCGGGCUACCGGUCGCACCCGCAGCACCACUACUGCGUGGACGUGAACGAGUGCGAGUCGGAGCCGUGCGGCACCGGCCGGGGCAUCUGCAUGAACACCUGCGCCAAGCCCCACCUGUGCGGCGACGGCGGCUUCUGCAUCAACUUCCCGGGUCACUACAAGUGCAACUGCUACCCCGGCUACCGACUCAAAGCCUCCCGCCCGCCCGUGUGCGAAGACAUCGACGAGUGCCGGGAUCCCAGCUCCUGCCCCGACGGCAAAUGCGAGAACAAACCCGGGAGCUUCAAGUGCAUCGCCUGUCAGCCCGGCUACCGCAGCCAGGGGGGCGGGGCCUGCCGCGCUCUUACCUCCAGGCCAAGGGCAAGAGUGGGAAAGGGUAGUAGAGGCCUGCGACACUGCCUCCACCCUGGCCCUCUGACCCCCACCCCCACCCCGUGCCCUGCAGAUGUGGACGAGUGUGAGUCCGGGGACGUGUGUGACAAUGGCAUCUGUACCAACACGCCAGGCUCCUUCCAGUGUCAGUGUCUCUCUGGCUAUCAUCUGUCAAGGGACAGGAGCCGCUGUGAAGACAUUGAUGAGUGUGACUUCCCUGCGGCCUGCAUUGGGGGUGAUUGCAUCAACACCAAUGGCUCCUACCGAUGUCUCUGUCCCCAGGGGCACCGGCUGGUAGGCGGCAGGAAGUGUCAAGACAUAGAUGAGUGCAGCCAGGACCCGGGCCUGUGCCUUCCCCACGGGGCCUGUGAGAACCUGCAGGGCUCCUAUGUCUGCGUCUGUGAUGAGGGCUUCACGCCCACCCAGGACCAGCACAGCUGUGAGGAGGUGGAGCAGCCCCACCACAAGAAGGAGUGCUACCUGAACUUCGAUGACACGGUGUUCUGCGACAGUGUGCUGGCCACCAACGUCACCCAGCAGGAGUGCUGCUGCUCGCUGGGGGCUGGCUGGGGAGACCACUGUGAGAUCUAUCCCUGCCCGGUCUACAGCUCAGCUGAGUUCCACAGCCUCUGCCCGGAUGGGAAGGGCUACACCCAGGACAACAACAUUGUCAACUAUGGCAUCCCGGCCCACCGAGACAUCGACGAGUGCAUAUUGUUCGGGGCGGAGAUCUGCAAGGAGGGCAAGUGCGUGAACACACAGCCCGGCUACGAGUGCUAUUGCAAGCAGGGCUUCUACUACGACGGGAACCUGCUGGAGUGCGUGGACGUGGACGAGUGCUUGGACGAGUCCAACUGCCGGAACGGAGUGUGUGAGAACACACGGGGCGGCUACCGCUGCGCCUGCACGCCCCCGGCCGAGUACAGCCCUGCCCAGCGACAGUGUCUGAGCCCCGAGGAGAUGGACGUGGACGAGUGUCAGGACCCCGCAGCCUGCCACCCUGGCCGCUGUGUCAACCUACCGGGUUCCUACCGCUGCGAGUGUCGCCCGCCCUGGGUGCCCGGGCCCUUUGGCCGAGACUGCCAGCUCCCCGAGAGCCCGGCUGAGCGUGCCCCGGAGCAGCGGGACGUGUGCUGGGCCCAGUGGCCCGGUUGGGGUGCCCAGUGCCGCCCGUGCCCGCCACGCGGAGCUGGAUCUCAGUGCCCCACAUCGCAGAGUGAGAGCAAUUCCUUCUGGGACGCGAGCCCCCUACUGCUGGGGAAGCCACCCCGCGAGGAGGACAGCUCCGAGGAGGAUUCUUUUUUGGACAUCGACGAGUGCCGAGAGUUGAACCAGCGCGGUCUGCUGUGCAAGAGCGAGCGCUGCGUAAACACGAGCGGUUCCUUCCGCUGUGUCUGCAAACCUGGCUACGCGCGCAUCCGCCCGCACGGGGCCUGCGUGUCCCAGCGUCCCCAGCGUCGCCGCUGACACCACGUUCAACCGGGAUCUCAGCGAUCACCAAGCGGUUUCUGCCCGACACGGGGGCGAGCUCAGCCUCUACCUUCUGCCCAGA